GCUGUGUGGGCAGAAGACAGAUUAAAAAAAAAAACUGUCUCCCUUCCCUUUUAUUUAUUUUCCGUUUCUCUCCCGUACCUCCUCCUGCCUCCCCACCCUUCUUUCUUUCGGCUGCUCCUUCCUCCUCCAAUUUCACCACCGUUCCUCCCCGCUCCCUCUGAUCCCUUCCCCCCACCCUCCUGCUCUUUUAAAAUAAUGCAGCGACGUCUCGGCGAUACUAGCACACCCUCCCCUUUCAGCUGAGCGCGGGACUCUGCGUCAACUCAAGAGCAAUGUUCUGUGAUGGUGCCCGAGAUGCGUGGACCGAGCCCAGGCCGCAGGCUGCCCGAGCCCGCCCCCUGCCUGGCCGUGGGCGGGAGCCCUGAGCCGCGGGCCCCAGGCCGCCGCCGCCACGUGCUGGCCCUGCCCGAGGAGGAGGCAUGGCGCCCGCAGCCUUGUGCCCUGUUCGAGGCAGAUGCCUCCGACGAGGUGGGCAUGCUGCCGGCCUCCCCGCGCGCCACCGCCGGCUUCGACAACUUCUUCCCGGUGCAGGAGGGGGAGGGCCCGGGCUGGGAGGGCGCCGCCCGGGAGGCAGGCUCCAGCCCCUUCCUGCCCGUGAGCCCCGAGGUGAUGAAGCGGCGGCGUGGGGGCCUCAUCGAGCAGCGCGACAUCAUCAAGGCCCACGAGGCGCACAAGAUGCAGAGCACCCCGCAGGCCCGGCGCAAGGAGUGGGAGAUGGCUCGCUUCGGGGAGGCGGUGGUCGGCAGGCCAGGGUCGGGCGAUGGAGACUCGGACCAGAGCAGGAACCGGCAAGGGACCCCCGUGCCGGCCUCGGGGCCGGCGGCAGCCUACAAGCAGUCGAAAGCGCAACGGGCGCGGACUAUGGCUUUGUACAACCCGAUUCCAGUCCGGCAGAACUGUUUCACCGUCAACAGAUCUCUGUUCAUCUUCGGAGAAGAUAACAUUGUCAGGAAAUAUGCCAAGAAGCUCAUCGAUUGGCCGCCAUUUGAGUACAUGAUCCUAGCCACCAUCAUUGCCAACUGCAUCGUCUUGGCCCUGGAGCAACAUCUUCCCGAGGACGACAAGACCCCAAUGUCCCGCAGACUGGAGAAGACAGAACCGUAUUUCAUUGGGAUCUUUUGCUUUGAAGCUGGGAUCAAAAUCGUGGCCCUGGGGUUCAUCUUCCAUAAGGGCUCGUACCUCCGCAAUGGCUGGAAUGUCAUGGACUUCAUCGUGGUCCUCAGUGGCAUCCUGGCCACCGCAGGAACCCACUUCAACACGCAUGUGGACCUGAGGACCCUCCGGGCUGUGCGUGUCCUGCGGCCCCUGAAGCUCGUGUCGGGCAUACCUAGCCUGCAGAUUGUGUUGAAGUCCAUCAUGAAGGCCAUGGUGCCUCUUCUGCAGAUCGGCCUUCUGCUCUUCUUUGCCAUCCUGAUGUUUGCUAUCAUUGGCUUGGAGUUCUACAGUGGGAAGUUGCACCGAGCAUGUUUCAUGAACAAUUCAGGUAUUCUAGAAGGAUUUGACCCCCCUCACCCAUGUGGAGUGCAGGGCUGCCCAGCUGGUUAUGAAUGCAGGGACUGGAUCGGUCCCAACGAUGGGAUCACCCAGUUUGAUAACAUCCUUUUUGCUGUGCUGACUGUCUUCCAGUGCAUCACCAUGGAAGGGUGGACCACCGUGCUGUACAAUACCAAUGAUGCCUUAGGAGCCACCUGGAACUGGCUGUACUUCAUCCCCCUCAUCAUCAUUGGAUCCUUCUUUGUUCUCAACCUAGUCCUGGGAGUGCUUUCCGGGGAAUUUGCCAAAGAGAGAGAGCGAGUGGAGAACCGGAGGGCUUUCAUGAAACUGCGGCGGCAGCAGCAGAUUGAACGUGAGCUGAACGGGUACCGCGCCUGGAUAGACAAAGCAGAGGAAGUCAUGCUUGCUGAAGAAAAUAAAAAUGCUGGAACAUCAGCCUUAGAAGUGCUUCGAAGGGCAACCAUCAAAAGGAGCCGGACAGAGGCCAUGACUCGAGACUCCAGUGAUGAGCACUGUGUUGAUAUCUCCUCUGUGGGCACACCUCUUGCCCGAGCCAGCAUCAAAAGUGCAAAAGUAGACGGGGCCUCCUACUUCCGGCACAAGGAAAGGCUUCUGCGCAUCUCCAUCCGCCACAUGGUUAAAUCCCAGGUGUUUUACUGGAUUGUGCUGAGCCUUGUGGCCCUCAACACUGCCUGUGUGGCCAUCGUCCAUCACAACCAGCCCCCGUGGCUCACGCACCUCCUCUACUAUGCAGAAUUUUUGUUCCUGGGACUCUUCCUCUUGGAGAUGUCCCUGAAGAUGUACGGCAUGGGGCCUCGCCUUUAUUUUCACUCCUCAUUCAACUGCUUUGAUUUUGGGGUCACGGUGGGAAGUAUCUUUGAGGUGGUCUGGGCCAUCUUCAGACCUGGCACCUCUUUUGGAAUCAGUGUCUUGAGAGCUCUCCGGCUUCUAAGGAUAUUUAAAAUAACCAAGUAUUGGGCAUCCCUACGGAACUUGGUGGUCUCCUUGAUGAGUUCCAUGAAGUCUAUCAUCAGUUUGCUGUUCCUCCUCUUCCUCUUCAUCGUUGUCUUUGCUCUCCUAGGAAUGCAGCUAUUUGGAGGCAGGUUUAACUUCAAUGAUGGGACGCCUUCGGCAAACUUUGACACCUUCCCUGCAGCCAUCAUGACUGUAUUCCAGAUCCUGACAGGAGAAGACUGGAAUGAGGUGAUGUACAAUGGGAUCCGCUCCCAGGGUGGGGUCAGCUCAGGCAUGUGGUCGGCUAUCUAUUUCAUUGUGCUCACCUUGUUUGGAAACUACACACUGCUGAAUGUGUUCUUGGCCAUUGCUGUGGACAAUCUGGCCAAUGCCCAAGAGCUGACCAAGGAUGAGCAGGAGGAAGAGGAGGCCUUCAACCAGAAACAUGCGCUGCAGAAGGCCAAGGAGGUCAGCCCGAUGUCCGCACCCAACAUGCCUUCCAUCGAAAGAGACAGAAGGAGAAGACACCACAUGUCGAUGUGGGAGCCACGCAGCAGCCACCUGCGGGAGCGGAGGCGCCGACACCACAUGUCAGUGUGGGAGCAGCGCACCAGCCAGCUGAGGAGGCACAUGCAGAUGUCCAGCCAGGAGGCCCUCAACAAAGAGGAGGCCCCGCCCAUGAACCCCCUCAAUCCCCUCAACCCCUUGAGCCCCCUCAACCCACUCAAUGCCCACCCCAGCCUCUACCGGAGACCCAGGCCCAUUGAGGGCCUGGGCCUGGGCCUGGGCCUUGAGAGAUGCGAGGAGGAGCGUGUCAGCCGCGGGGGGUCCCUCAAGGGGCCUGGAGGGGACCUGGACAACCAGAGGAGCCCCUUGUCGCUUGGCAAACGGGAGCCACCGUGGCUGGCCAGGCCCUGCCACGGGAACUGUGACCCGACCCAGCCGGAGGCUGGGGGCGGGGAGACCGUGGUGACCUUCGAGGACCGGGCCAGGCACAGGCAGAGCCAGCGGCGCAGCCGGCACCGCCGGGUCAGGACGGAAGGCAAGGAGCCCUCCUCCACCUCCCGGAGCAGGUCUGCCAGCCAGGAGCGGAGUCUGGAUGAAGGUGUGCCCACUGAGGGGGAAAAGGACCAUGAGCCCAGGGGCAAGGAGCCCACCAUCCAGGAAGAAGAGAGAGCCCAGGGCCUGAGGAGGACCAACAGUCUGAUGGUGCCCAGAGGCUCCGGGCUGGCAGGGGCCCUCGAUGAGGCCCAUACACCCCUCGUCCUGCCUGAACCAGAGCUGGAAGUGGGGAAGGAUGCAGCGCUGUUGGAGCAGGAGCCGGAGGGCAGCAGCGAGCAAGCCCUGCUGGGGGAUGUGCAGCUUGACAUGGGCAGGGCCAUCAGCCAGAGUGAGCCCGACCUCUCCUGCGUCACGGCCAAUACGGACAAGGCCACCACUGAGAGCACCAGCGUCACCGUCACCAUCCCUGACAUGGGCCCGUUGGUGGACUCGACCGUGGUGCACAUUAGCAACAAGACCGAUGGAGAAGCCAGUCCCUUGAAGGAGGCAGAGAUCAAAGAGGAUGAGGAGGAGGUAGAGAAGCUGCAGCAGAAGAAGGAGAAACGUGAGACGGGCAAAGCCAUGGUGCCCCACAGCUCGAUGUUCAUCUUCAGCACCACAAACCCGAUCCGCCGGGCCUGCCACUACAUCGUGAACCUGCGCUACUUUGAGAUGUGCAUUCUCCUGGUGAUUGCAGCCAGCAGCAUUGCCCUGGCGGCCGAGGACCCCGUCCUGACCAACUCGGAGCGCAACAAAGUCCUGAGGUACUUCGACUAUGUUUUCACUGGCGUGUUCACCUUUGAGAUGGUGAUAAAGAUGAUAGACCAGGGCUUGAUCCUGCAGGAUGGCUCCUACUUCCGAGACCUGUGGAACAUCCUGGACUUUGUGGUGGUGGUCGGUGCGUUGGUGGCCUUCGCUUUGGCAACCAACAAGGGCCGGGACAUCAAGACCAUCAAAUCCCUCCGGGUGCUCCGAGUUCUGAGGCCGCUGAAGACCAUCAAGCGUCUGCCCAAGCUGAAGGCUGUGUUUGACUGUGUGGUCACCUCCUUGAAGAAUGUCUUCAACAUACUCAUUGUCUACAAGCUCUUCAUGUUCAUCUUUGCCGUCAUCGCAGUGCAGCUUUUCAAGGGGAAGUUCUUCUACUGCACAGACAGCUCCAAGGACACAGAGAAGGAGUGCAUAGGCAACUAUGUAGAUCACGAGAAAAAUAAGAUGGAGGUGAAAGGCCGGGAAUGGAAGCGCCAUGAGUUCCACUACGACAACAUUAUCUGGGCCCUGCUGACCCUCUUCACCGUCUCCACAGGGGAAGGAUGGCCUCAAGUCUUGCAGCAUUCUGUUGAUGUGACCGAGGAAGACCGAGGUCCGAGCCGCAGCAACCGCAUGGAGAUGUCCAUCUUUUACGUGGUCUACUUUGUGGUCUUCCCUUUCUUCUUCGUCAAUAUCUUCGUGGCUCUCAUCAUCAUCACGUUCCAGGAGCAAGGGGACAAGAUGAUGGAGGAGUGCAGCCUGGAGAAGAACGAGAGGGCGUGCAUCGACUUUGCCAUCAGUGCCAAGCCCCUCACCCGCUACAUGCCGCAGAACAGGCACACCUUCCAGUACCGCGUGUGGCACUUCGUGGUGUCUGCCUCCUUUGAGUACACCAUCAUGGCCAUGAUCGCCUUGAACACCGUCGUGCUGAUGAUGAAGUACUACUCAGCUCCCUGCACCUAUGAACUGGCUCUGAAGUACCUGAACAUCGCCUUCACUAUGGUGUUCUCCCUGGAGUGUGUCCUCAAGAUCAUUGCGUUUGGCUUCCUGAACUAUUUCCGAGACACCUGGAAUAUCUUUGACUUCAUCACCGUGAUCGGCAGUAUCACAGAAAUUAUUCUGACAGACAGCAAGCUGGUGAACACCAGUGGCUUCAAUAUGAGCUUUCUGAAGCUGUUCCGAGCUGCCCGCCUCAUCAAGCUCCUGCGUCAGGGCUAUACCAUCCGUAUUUUACUUUGGACCUUCGUGCAGUCCUUUAAGGCCCUCCCCUAUGUCUGCCUUUUGAUUGCCAUGCUUUUCUUCAUCUAUGCCAUCAUCGGGAUGCAGGUAUUUGGCAACAUAAAAUUAGAUGAGGAGAGUCACAUCAACCGGCACAACAACUUCCGCAGUUUCUUCGGGUCCCUCAUGUUACUCUUCAGGAGUGCCACCGGGGAGGCCUGGCAGGAGAUAAUGCUUUCGUGCCUUGGGGAGAAAGGCUGUGAGCGGGACACCACCGCCCCGGCGGGGCAGCACGAGAGCGACCGCUGUGGCACCGACCUGGCCUACGUUUACUUUGUCUCCUUCAUCUUCUUCUGCUCCUUCCUGAUGCUCAACCUGUUUGUGGCUGUCAUCAUGGACAACUUUGAAUACCUGACGCGGGACUCCUCCAUCCUGGGGCCUCACCACUUGGAUGAGUUUGUCCGUGUCUGGGCAGAAUAUGACAGAGCUGCAUGCGGCAGGAUUCCGUAUAAGGAUAUGUACAAAUUAGUGCGGGUGAUCUCGCCGCCUCUGGGCCUGGGAGAGAACUGCCCCUACAGGGUGGCCUGCAAGAGGUUGGUCCUAAUGAAUAUGCCAGUAGCUGAGGACAUGACUGUCCACUUCACCUCCACCCUUAUGGCUCUGAUCCGGACGGCUCUGGACAUCAAAAUUGCCAAAGGCGGUGCAGACAGGCAGCAGCUAGACUCGGAGCUACAAAAGGAGACCCUGGCCAUCUGGCCUCACCUGUCCCAGAAGAUGCUAGAUCUGCUUGUGCCCAUGCCCAAAGCCUCUGACCUAACCGUGGGCAAAAUCUAUGCAGCAAUGAUGAUCAUGGACUACUAUAAACAGAGUAAGGUGAAGAAACAGAGGCAGCAGCUGGAAGAGCAGAAAAAUGCACCCAUGUUCCAGCGCAUGGAGCCCUCAUCUCUGCCCCAGGAGAUCAUCGCUAAUGCCAAAGCCCUGCCUUACCUCCGGCAGGACCCCGUUUCAGGCCUGAGUGGCCAUGGUGGAUACCCUUCGAUGAGUCCACUCUCCCCCCAGGAAAUAUUCCAGUUGGCUUGUAUGGACCCAGCCGAUGAUGGACAGUUCCAGGAACAGCGGUCUCUGGAGCCAGAGGUUAGUGAAUUAAAAAGCGUGCAGCCCUCUAACCAUGGCAUCUACCUUCCUUCGGACACCCGGGAGCAUGCGGGAUCUGGGAGGGCAUCCUCCAUGCCACGCCUGACUGUGGAUCCCCAGGUGAUGACGGAUCCUGGCUCCAUGCGACGUUCAUUUUCCACUAUUCGGGAUAAACGUCCAAAUUCUUCGUGGCUGGAGGAAUUCUCCAUGGAGAGAAGCAGUGAAAACACCUACAAGUCUCGUCGCCGGAGUUACCACUCCUCUCUGAGGCUGUCGGCCCAUCGCCUGAACUCUGACUCAGGCCACAAGUCCGACACCCACCGCUCCGGGGGCAGAGAGCGGGGCCGAUCAAAAGAGCGGAAGCAUCUUCUCUCUCCCGAUGUCUCCCGCUGCAACUCCGAGGAGCGAGGGACCCAGGCCGACUGGGAGUCCCCAGAGCGCCGCCAGUCCAGGUCUCCCAGUGAGGGCAGGUCACAGACCCCCGACAGACAGGGCACGGGCUCCCUGAGUGAAAGCUCCAUCCCCUCUAUCUCUGACACCAGCACCCCACGACGAAGUCGCCGGCAGCUCCCACCCGUCCCUCCGAAGCCUCGGCCCCUUCUUUCCUACAGCUCCCUGAUACGACACACUGGGAGCAUCUCUCCACCCGCUGAUGGGAGCGAGGGCAGCUCCCCGCUGGCUCCCCAAGCUCUGGAGAGCAACGACGCUGGCCUGGCCGAGUUUUCCAACUCCAGGCAGGCACAGCAGAGCCAACACCCCUCCCCACAGCGUUACAUCUCCGAGCCCUACCUGUCCCUGCACGAAGACUCCCAUGCCUCAGACUGUGGCGAGGAGGAGACGCUCACCUUCGAAGCUGCGGUGGCCACCAGCCUGGGCCGGUCCAACACCAUCGGCUCAGCCCCGCCCCUGCGGCACAGCUGGCAGAUGCCCAACGGGCACUACCGGCGGCGGAGGCGUGGGGGGCCAGGGCCGGGCGGGAUGUGUGGCACUGUCAGCGACCUCCUGAGUGACACAGAAGAAGAUGACAAAUGCUAGAGGCUGCUCCCCCCUCCGAUGCAUGCCCUUCUCUCACAUAGAGAAAACAAGACCGAAUUGGGAAGCCAGUGUAGCCCGGGGGGGAGGAAGAGGAAAGAGGAAGACGGAAGGACACGGUGCAUUAUCAGAGAGGAGGAGGAAAGGCAACAGGAAAACCAGUCACACCCACCAAACUGCUUCAUUUCCCUUUGCAAGAUGAGCACUGCCAUAGUUCUGCCUCUUUGCUGGGGAAAGAAAAUACAAGAACAUGGAGGGUUGCUCCCACGGGAGGAGGGGCACGAGGACAGCUUUGCUUGCCCCUGCCCCUUCUCACACUUCUCUGAGCUGUGGAGGGGUCGAGCUGGCCCAGAGGCACGCCCGUUGCCCCAAAAAGCCUGAAGCUCUUAACUGAGGAGUCCUGGACACCGGAGGAGAGGAAUCUGCUCCGCCACCUGCUCUUGCUCCUCUGCCAGCACUGCUGGCGCUGGAGCACUGCAGCAACUGCAGCAGCACCUCCUGCAUUUUCCUACAGCUCGUUUCCCCCAAAGCACACAGGCUGAGUUCAGGAGCACUGGAUGCCAAGGGGUGGACACAGGGAGUGGGGAGGAAGCUGACGUGGAAGGAGUGAGGGUGCCAGGCGGCAGCAGUCAGGGCUGGUCUGGGUGCACACAGCCAUAGCCCAGCAGCCCGCACCGUCGAGGGGAGGGCCAGAGGCGGCAAACAGGGUGCCCGGGUGGGUGCAGGCCUGUUCCCCGUGCAUGGGUGCUGGGAGUGCUGGGAGAGGCCAGGGAGGUCCCCCAGGGGCAGCAGCAGGGCAUAGACUCUGGGAAGGAUAGCAUUCUAAAAGUAUUCAACCACCGGUGUGGCCAGGCCCCAGCUAAGGAGAGGUGGAGUCCAGCUUUAGUCGUCCAGAUGCAGGUCAUGGGGGAACCCUGAGGGGGGUUAAGGGUGGAAGAGGGCACGUGAGGCUUCAAGGUAGAGUGUGCCUUCCAGCCAGUACAGGAGUAGGUAGAACAGUGUUCCGGCUGUAACAGCACAUGCAGACCGAGUAGCAGCCCAGCCUUGGCCUUGGGGGCAGUGGGCCUCUCUGCUAAGCAGCAAAGCUGGUGCUGAGCCAAAAGCAGCGAGGCCAGUGGCAGAGGCCCAGGCCCCCCGCCACUCCCCGAGAGGGCAGCACACACGUAUCCAAGAGGGGCUGCGCAUCACCCCGUAGGGACCUCUGUGGAGAUGGGGAAGGCCCAUAGAUUGAAACGAGAAGCUUCAAUGUGAGAGUCAGUCUGAGUUUACCCAGGGCCUCCUGGGAAGGAGGGACCCUUGGUCUGGCAGCUUCUGCAGCUGGUCUGUGGUUGAGGGUCAGUUUGUCAGGAUACUUUAAGAUGACUAGUAAAUAUACCUCAGCUUAGACCUGGGCUGCUGCUCCGAGCAAAGUGACUCUGAUGGGGCCUCACCACACAACGUGACAAGCCUGAGGCCCCGGUGGCCCUGCCCAUUUCCCCAGGCCAGGACUGGGCUUUACCCCUCCCCAGAAAAGAGCUGGGCAGAAGGCAGCCUCAGGCCACUCUCUCAUUCCUAACUCCCAAAACAGAAGCAUUGAGAAAACGAGAGCCCGUGUCUGGCUGAUCAGUCUUCUUUAGCGCAGGUUGUCCAUCGGUGGGACACGUGUUCUCACCUGGGGAAAUGCAUGGUCUCAGUAGCUGGAAGGAUCCCCCGGAGAGGCUGCCAGGCAGGCCCUCUUAUGUGGAGACUCAGAGACCCCUGGGUGGAGAUCACAGUAGAUAAACACUUUUUUUAUACUCCACUAGCCCCGUUAGGCUCUACCUCUUGGUAGGAGCAGUCAGCGGCUGUUUUUUUCUUAUUUUCAUUUGUUUUUUUUGUUUUUUUGGUUGUAAGAGAAUGAUGGCAAAGCUGCGUCGGCCCUGAAAUGCCAGAUGCCACCACGCAGCUGUGGGGCCUUUUGUCAUGGCCCCACCUUCUCUCCUAGAUACUGGUGGAGCUUCAUGACCCCUGGGCGGCCGGCCCCCAGACCAAAGUAAUCCCAGGGCAGGAGCCCAAUGAGGCAGAGACAAAAGUCUGCCACUCUUAGACCCUCUUCUGUUUCCCUCUCCUGCUCAGCACCUGUGCGCUCGGGAGUAGCUAGGAAUGUGAACGUGACUGUGUGACACCCCGAUCCUAACAGGCAUGAUUGUUACAUAAGACUCAGACGCUGGGCCUUGUAUUGUUAAAGGUUUCCUCUGCUCGGUGUCAUUUCAUGCCAAAGUGCUACUAUGGGCUGCUUUGUGCGCACAAAUUGCUUGCUUCUACCUUGGAAGUGCGGUUUUUCCCAGGGACAGGCCUACAGCAGGAUGCCCAUUCCAAGCCAGCAAGUCCAGUGCACAGUUUUAAGGGAACUGAAGUGAUGCCUAUGCCAUUUCAACACUAGGGGCAACUUAGGCUGGCAGAGCAACUACCAAAAAUGGAAUUUGCUGGCAAACAUUACAGACACCAAAUUUACUGUGCUAGGAGACCUUCCGGGACACCUGAACUCCUUAAACACACAUACAAUUAUUUGAGUCCUGAAUAAAGUGGUAUGAAGUACCACACAUGUGGUCCCCUGACCCAGAAAUCAGGUUUCUUAUCCUUUAACCUGCAUUACCCUUCUAUUAAGUACAGAAAAUGAGAUAAUUUUCUGCUAAGUCACGGAACUCAUUAUCACAGUCAUCUUAUAACAGUUUCUUUCCACCUCUGACUAAAUAUGAACUCCAGCCUUCCCUCUUACUAGCUGACCAGGACAUCCCUUCCUAGGUAUCACAUUCUGCCUCUGCUCUUUCUCUUGAAGAGAGGCCCCUUUAGACCUCCAGACUCAUGCUUCUCUUGGGAUUAAAGAGGAUGGCAGCAUCUUGAGAAACUCCAAGCAACUGGGGCUGCCACCAGCCGUUGAGAUGCACAGUGUGACCCAACUUAGGUCCUCUCAGGAUCUUCAGCUCUACAUCCAGUUUCCCUCCCUAAUCUUAGUCUUCAGCAUCUCCUCAACGCAAGAAAGAAGGUGGGAGGGAGGGAAAGAAAAGAAACCAAGGUAGAGAGAAAACUAACUGGGUUUGCAUUUAAAUACGCCUCUUUCCACUUAUGGCCCCAGACUUCUGGUGGGGAAUUCACGUGGCUUCCUUUUUCUGAGUGUCUCUCUCCAUCUUUCAACCACCACUUUUUACCAGCAUUCUAGUGGUACAGAGUGUCAGCAGACCUUCAGACAUGGAGAUGGAGCUCUAGGCCAAGAUGCCCUGGGAGCCGGGUCAGGAAAGAGGCACCUACACCGUUAGGGUGGGACCUUUGAGUGGCCCCCAGGCUCAACAUGAGCCAUGAACACAAUGUACUGGACUGUCCACUCUUCUAGCUGAAGAACCAGUUUCUAUUCUGGGUGCCACUUCCAUUCCCCACUCACUGUCCCUUUUCUGGUACUAGGAUCACUGAAAAGAUUUCUCUGAAGCCAAACCCCAGAGGUUGUGUUGUGGACUUUGCCCUCCCUUGAUUCUGGGACCACAAAAAGAUGGCUCCAUAUUGCACCACUCAACCAGCAUUUCCCUACCCUACACACAUCUGCCCCCCCAACCCCCGUACAGCCUUUGUGAUGAACUUGAGCGUCCUCUGCCUUCUGUUCACAGCCCAGCCCUUGUUUGGCUGCAUGGUAGCCUUGAUCCAACUCCUGAGAUGGCUAAAUCCACCCCCUGCAAGCUUAGCUGCUGAUCUGCCUGCCUCUGCCCUCUGCUGUUGGGGAAUGCUUCAUUCUCAUGAAACACGUGUGGUGGGAGCUCACCAGGGGACAUUCCGCAAAAUGAUCUGAAACUGUAGAAGGUGCGGGACGGUUGAGGUGUGCAUAUGAAAUGUCCACAUAUCAGUGAAAGCCCACAGCAGGAAAUUAGGUCUUUCCUGAAAUAAUGAAGCAAAGUUUAAUAAUUUUGGUCUUUUUAGGAAAGUUCUCAAAUUUUCAUUACAUCCUAUUUCUAAAGCCUACUCUGGAGGUCUCAUUGUUGAACAAAGUAUUUCUUUAGUGGGUUGAGCCAGGGAUAAAUUGAGAGAUUCUUUAAUUUCUCAGUUCAGCUAUAAUAUAUAAAUAUUAUGAGGUUAUAUGGAGAAAAGCAUAGCAGCAGGGGAGCAGAUGGUCAUCUACUUGCAGGGAUUUUAUGAGACUUGAAGGUUAAGGAACUUUGCUGUUUUUAUCAGUUCCACAUUUUAUGUUUUGAGACCCUUAGAGGCCUGUUACCAGUGCGUGCCAGAGUCAUAGUGACGGGGAGCAUUCCACACCUUGGGGUCGACUCUUUCUCACUUGCUUCUUACCCCUCCUGUCUGUCCAUCCUCCUUGGAUUCCAGGGCACUGAGCACUACCCAGGAGGUUCAGGAGAGAACUUUUGGUACAGGAAAGAAGAAAGAGGCAGGCCCUAAGCAAGUGACCAGCCAGGAGCCCCAAAAGGAAUCAGAUCCAUCUUUGGCUAAGUCUAUCUCCAUCUUGAGACUCUUUAACAAAAGCCAAAUGAAUUAGUUAUGACCCCACCAUCCCAUGAGAUAACCAGAGGGGAUCCCACAUUAUUAAGCACUGCCUGUAUUAGCAGCUUUGUUUUUUGGACUUUUGUGCUUUCCUCUCUGAACCACCCAGUGCAUCGUAGCCAGGUCCACCCCCACGGAGCAGCAGCAGGCUUCCCUGCUGGUUUCGGAUGCAGGCUCAACCAUAGACGGCUGGCGUGAGUUGUCCUCUGUCAUGUGCUGUGACUCACCCAGGGAGAGAACAUAGAUGUAUGUACCAGUUGGAGGAACAAAAGACUAGGAACAGAAAGAACUCUCUUUGGUUUCUGAAGGCCAUCUUUUUCUUCCCUUGAAUCCUUUCUGCUUUGACCUGCUGAGGUUUCUGCAUCCCAGAGGCAUCACUCCAAGCCAAAGAGAACAGCUUCAUAGAUGGUCCCAACCUACCCAAAGGGCCUAGAAAACUUCUCUUAACAAAACUCAAGCCAGCUGGUUGAGAAAUAUGAAAGGAAUUCACAGUGGAGUCUAAUGGAUGGCUGGUGAGGCUGGGGUGCCCCCACAAUGCACUUUGACCUUUCCAGUCUUAUUUCUUUCUACUCCCACCCCCCAUGUUAAAAAUAAGGGGGCUAGUAUCUUGACCUUAUAAAUGCAAAAAAGAUUUUAUAGUAAGCCAUGCUACUAUGUAAAUACAUUAUUGAGGUUUGAAUUCUUAUUUCUGGGGGUACCAAGAUAAAUUAGGUAAAAAAAGGUGAGGACACUUAUGUUCAUUUUUCUUUGGGGUUCUUUUGUUUGGGUGUUUUUGUAAUAGACCUGCUGUAGAGUAGCAAAAAAGGAUAAAUUUUUGCCCUGCAGUGUUUCUGAAUCUUUAGGAAUUUCCAUCAAAUUUAAGGUGGUAUUUGAGUCAAAAAUCUGAGGCUAUACAUACCAGUUCCAUCUUCUCUGUCUGGUUUCCUUUAUGUCUUUUUUUCUCCUCCUUUCUAAGUCAGCUCUGUCUCUAGUUUCUCUGUCCAUAUCUUUGCCUCUUCUCCUUCUAGGAUUUAAAAUAUAACCUCAAUUAAUGAAAAACUGCCUGAAAACUUCAGUGAAAGGCAAGGAAAUAAUAGAAUGGGUAUAGAUUUUUUUUUCAGGACAUUCUUAACCAAUAAAUAUAAAAUUUAUGUUGCGAUGAAAAGCCAAAAUUAUUUUAAAAGAAGUGCAGUAAUCUGGUAAAUGAAAAUUAAUUGGGAGUCAAAAAUAAUAAAUCAUAUUUCAGUCUUCUAUAGUAAUUUGUGCCUUCUGCAAGGGUAUUGUAUCCCUCUUUCUUUCCCUUGUUAGGAAAGUAGAAAUACUAAUGCUUGGCUAAUUCAUGGGGCUGUCAAGUGUUAGUAAGUUAAUGACACAUCAUGAAAGCAUUUAGUCUCCACAAUUCAAUUUAGAAAAACAUUCUUUCCUUAUAACUCACCAAGGACCUGUGAAAUUCUCGACAUUGCUAUAAGCAUCUAGUUUUUUUGGUUUUUGGGUGGGAGGGGAAGAAACAUCAUGUGUAGUGGAGCCCGAAUCCCAGAUUUGCUUUAACUUCACACUCUACUCUUCCCAUUUUCCCUUCCUCCUCUUCUUAACUCUCUAAAACAGAAAGCUCCAGACUUAUUUUUUAAUCCAAGAAGGAAGUGGAGUUUCCAUGCUCAGACCUUGUAUCUUUUCUUUGUAGACACUUAAGGCAGUCUUAGAUCAAUUAACCACCACUCUAAAGCUUAGGUUCCUUACAGAGACAUCUUUUCCAAACCCGCAUUGGAAAUCUGAGUGAGUCCGUUUUUCUCUCUUUGUUCUGCCAGUUUGUCAGAAAUAAGAAUGGAUACCUCCCUCUUUGCUGGAGCCAGACCAACCUAAAGCCAGAGUUCAGCACUGCAUGUUGACCAGAUGGAUAGCCUGUAAUAUAAAUGCUCAUUCGGAUUCAAAAGGAUCCAUUUGUAUCAGGUAGUACCACUUCCUGCUUGGCUCACUUAGAGGAGGGCCCCCAAACUGAUAGUCAAAGCUGCCAAAUCUGAACUUCACCUUAUCGGUGACUCCGUUUUCUUUCCAGGACACAGAUUUCCUACAGUGAUGGCCUGUACCACACAAGAGCGGCUGCACAAAGCAAACCUAGUAGAAAUCUGUAUAAGGGAUGAGUGGGAAAAACACACUCCCAAAUAUCAAAGUGCCAUUAAUCAAUUCUUAAAAAUCAAGGUAAUAUGAAACGAGGGCUAACCAAUGUCAUCUAACUGCCAAUUAAAGUAUACCGUAGUUUUGGUCUUAGAACAUUUGAUACAGAGUUGUAUGCCAUUAAGCAGAUCCCAGCAGAUGUAGUACAAACAUAGGCAUUGCAUUUUAAUGGCUGCCAGUGGGGAUAUAUACUUAGCCUCCAGGCCACACUUCAGUCAGUGUUUUUCUCUGCUGGUGUUUUGUUAACAAGCCAGAAUUUACACAAAGGCACCCUAAGUGCUGCGAUGGCGGGGAGCUUCCCUCACAGCGAUAACAGGAGAGCGGUGCAACCCCACUCAGACUGAGUCAGAGAUUUGAUUUGGGACUCACCCAGAAAAACAAAGGGAGGAGAAAAAUCUCAUGUACCAGGUGUUCUUGGCAUUUCAUAGCUGGGACAGGUGCGGCAGUGGCUAGGAAGACAAGCUACAGAACAAAGACAAGGUUGAGAUAGAGAACAGCAGCUAGUUCCCGGAAGUAGAAGGCUUAGGGCUGUAUGAUCCGGGAUCCUCUUUUAGAGUAGGUCACAAGUAAACUUAUUAGCACGAUACUGGGCUCACAGUGGUUCUUUACAUUCAACUCACCUAGGGUGGUGAAUUUGAAGGCCUCAGAGGAUUUAAAGAGCCCUGAAAGUUUUUCCCAGAUGUGGGAAUGGAGAGAGAGGAGGUUCUUGCUUUAAAGCAUCCUGAAGACAAUCUCUGUGAGUUUAGCAACUCUUCAAUAUAUCAGUGCCAGGGUGGAGAGAUUUCAUUGAUCUUCCUAGUGGUCCAAGUGUCACCGGAGGGGAGAAGGGCGGUGAGUGGGACGGGGGAUGAGCUUUAUCAGGAAUAAUUUCAAACUCUGCAGGAUGUGCUACUAGUCUCAAAAGACCCCUUGCAAGGAGGCAGAUGACAGGGUGUCCCCACAAUGCCCUCUGUCUUUGGGACAAAGGUCAGGCUGUUCCCUCUUUAGUUUGCUCUUAGAGGAUGAGCAUGUAAGAUGGGGUCAAGAGGGGAAUUGGGUGCUCUGCCUUAGGCUGUUAAAACGCUGCCACCUCUAUUACAAAACGUGAGUCAAGGCGCUUGAGACACUUCCCUGCAGGCAGCAUCCACUGUGGUGUGCCAGCCUGAUGCCCCUUUGGUUACAGUGUUUAAAUGGCAGCCAGUGCUGGCCCACCCACGGUAUCAGUGCAUCUCUCCUAAAGCCAGAGUUCAGCACUGCAUGUUGACCAGAUGGAUAGCCUGUAAUAUAAAUGCUCAUUUGGAUCCAAAAGGAAAACCAUCACAAAUAAAAGAAAGAUGAACAACUUUAAUGUUUUUCUGGGGGGCGGGGGGUGUCAAAGAAAAGAAUAAAUAAAA